AUGAAAGGACACAAGGCGCGCUAUUCUCAAUUUGUUAAUGGAAAACUUUACGACGACAAAACAGGGCAACAUAUUCUUGACUUCACUGUCGUCUACGCCGUGUAUCAACGUGCACUGGAAUCAAGUGAACGAUUCUCUGCAGACGAAGGACUGCGUCUCCUGGAGAAAUAUCAUCGCAAAAAGCACGCGGAAUGCAUAUUACACUUUUUGAAGGAUCGAAUGUCAUUCAAGAAGUCACGAAUUGAAGGCAAUUAUCCCUUUCGUUCAUGGGUUGCAUAUAAAGAAAUUUCGGGAUUCCAUCGAGACAUGAAACGACUGGACAUGUUUAUGCUAAUGAUCAAGUCACAGACUAGCAAUGUACGCUAUUACGAGGUGUAUCGAGUUAAACAUAAAGAAGACAUUAAAAAAGUGGAAAAGCUUUUGCGCCGAGCACUGGAAGAUCACGAAUCGCUACUCCGCAUAGAGGGAGAAAGCGCCAGUGUUUCAAUGCUGGAACAGCCCCUGACCAGGUCAAGAAGCAUGGAAAACUUUUCAUCUAUGAAUUCGAGAACCAUUUAUCGUCAAUCAAGUUCUAUGAGUCCAACCAAUCGACGAAGUUCAAUGGUGGCAAGCCAGUCUCCACGUGUUCAAACUCAACCAUCCGCUAAUUAUUCAAAUAGUGAUUACAACGAUUAUGGACCUUCAACGACCAGGUCACUGGGAACUACCCCAUCGUCCGGCCAUAGAAGUUCCCAACUUCCAAGUGCUGGAAGCGGAUCACCAAUGAUUCAGCGCACUCAAGCUGUGCCCACCUCAGCUGUACCAAAGCGACAAACGUCACCACCAUCAAUCUAUUCUGGGGGCUAUCCGGGUAAUUUAAAAGGAGCAGCACCAUCUAGAAGUGUAAAUAUGGCGUCUGCGCCAUCCUAUCAACGUUCACCGUCCCCGGUUUAUGAAUUAAUUUAUCAGAAUAAUCGGAAUGGGAUAGAAGCGAUUGAAAUUGAACGGUCUAAACCAGUCUCCUCAGUACCUGUGCGGCAACAGCAACCUUCAUCAACUUAUUCGGGAAGCUAUCCGAACAACCGAACAGUUGAAUGCGAGGAAAUUAUGACAGUCUCCUCCGUACUUGCUGAAAGGCAGUUACCUUCAACGGCCUCGUAUAGAAGUUAUCCCAGUAAUUCAAACAGAUUACAAGCAAUCGAUCGUGUCGAUUUCAUCCCCAUAUCAUCCAAACCCAUUGGAGGGUCAUCACUUUACACAAACGGGGAUACACAAAUAGUCGAAGAGACCAUUGAUGCAGUUGUAUCAGCAAAACCCAUGCGACGAUCCUCGUUGACAGAUGUUUAUCCAGCUGACUAUUUCGGACCAGGAAAUGGUUUAGGACCUUCUACUCGGUUAUUAAGUGUGUCGACACCAGGAAUCAACUCUGCACGUGACACAGUCACCUCACCGGUGGAUAUGAAACGUAAAGCUCUGAAUACUAUGAAUGGUUUGACAUUUGUGGAUUACAAUUCAUCUGAUGUGCUUAGCUCAAAAGGUGGACCAAUCUACAUACAACCGCGAAAAGUUUCUGAUCCACGUGAAGAAUUCUACACUGGUAUUCGGUUUAGGCUCCUGUUAGGUAAUAGCUUGAAUGCUGCUUUCACAAACCACAAUCUGAAAACAACUUCGGGUGCAUUCUCCGAUCGGUUCCACAUUACAUGUACAAACGCUCUUUUCAAAAGUCUGUACUGCAAAUCCCCAUCCGCAAAGGGCCAUUCGGCUAGAGAUUCCUCACCGUCCCGUGAAUUGCUAUCAGCCGCUGUCUGUCAUUCCCGCUCAUCCCGUUAUUUCUCGUUCGGAUCUAUUCGGAAGUGA